AUGAGCUCGGAAGAUGUCGCUCCUGUGCAGCUGCCGGUGUUCGUGGUGCGGGACCGGGUGCUGUUCCCCGGAGGCCUGCUGAGGCUAAGCGUGGGCAAGCCCAAGUCGGUGCGGCUGGUGGAGUCCCUCCUCGGCACCCGAGAGGACGGCCUCCACCGACAUGCCAACGGCGGGGGGAGCGGAGGAGGACCUACCAUACUCGUUGCCAUAUUCACACAGAGGGUCGGCGCCGUUGACGAGGAGGGGUCGGCAUCCGAUGACGUCGCGAUUGUCCGAGACCAGCAGCAACGGCCGGGGGCGGGUGGCGGCGGAGGCGGCGGAGGCGGCGGAGGCGGCGAGGGCCGCAUCCUCAGCACCAUGAGCCGUGUCGGGUGUGCCGCCAAGGUGGUGCAGAUGGGGAGGGUCACCGGCAGCGAAACCUUCAAGUAUUCUGUGCUCGUGCAAGGCGUGUCGCGCAUCCGUCUGCUGAGCGUUUCGGAGGAAGAGCUGAUGCUGCACGGGACUGUCGUGCGCCUCCACGAUCAGGGUUCCAUCGCCGAUGCGGAGGUGAAGGCGCUGUCGCUGAACCUUCGAGAGGCGGCCCAGGCCCUGCUCGAGGUGCUCAAGUCGCGCAGCCACCCAAGGGCGAUGAACGCUAGGGAGAUACUCGAUGCCGUGUCGGCGGCGUCCCCCGGAGCCGUCGCGGAUGUCCUGGCCUCGAGCAUCAACAUCCCCACGAACCAGAAGCAGGCCAUUCUUGAGGAAACCUCUCUCGAGAAGAGGCUGCGGCGGGUGCUGGAACUCGUGCGCGAGCAGACACGGGUUCUCUCGAUCGCCAGCAAGAUUAACUCGGAGGUGGAGGGAAAGCUCAACAGUCGGCACAGGGAGUACUACCUCCGGCAGCAGCUCAAGGCCAUCCGCUCUGAGCUUGGCGAAGAGGGAGGAUCGAGCGAGGGCGACGAGGUGGCCGCCCUGGAGGCCAAGAUCGAAGCCGCCGGCCUUCCGCCGGAAGCCUCCAAGGUCGCCAAGCGAGACCUGUCGAGACUCAAGAGGAUGCAGGCCUCUCAGCCGGAGUACACGGUUAUUCGGACGUAUCUGGAAACCGUGUCGGAGCUGCCGUGGAACCGGGUGUCGGAGGAAACGUACGACAUCCGUCGCGCGCAACGACAGUUAGACAAGGACCAUUACGGGCUCAACAAGGUGAAGCAACGCAUCGUGGAGUACAUCGCCGUGCGGUCUCUCCUCUCGGACAGCAAGGGCUCCAUCUUGUGCCUCGUCGGCCCCCCCGGUGUCGGAAAGACGUCGUUAGGACGCUCCAUCGCUGCCGCCCUCAACAGAAAGUUUCAACGGCUGUCACUCGGAGGCGUGCACGACGAGGCCGAGAUCCGAGGCCACCGUCGCACGUACAUUGGUGCCAUGCCGGGUGGUAUCGUGCGGUGCCUCCGCCGUGCGGGUACCCGCAACCCCGUGAUGCUGCUGGACGAGGUCGACAAGAUCGGUUCCAACGUGAGGGGCGGGGACCCGUCGGCGGCGCUGCUUGAGGUGCUGGACCCGGAACAGAACGACAGCUUCACGGACCACUACGUGAACGUGCCGUUCGACCUGUCCUCGGUGCUGUUUGUCGCCACGGCGAACAAGGUCGACGCCAUCCCCGAGCCGCUCCUGGAUCGCUUGGAGGUGAUCCACAUCCCUGGCUACACCCUCGAGGAGAAAGUCAAGAUCGCGGAGGCGUACCUGAUCCCCAAGCAGAUGAAGAAGAACGGCGUGGGCGCCGAGCACAUGCUGCUCCCCCGGAGCACGGUGCUGAGGGUGGCGUCCUCCUACACGAGGGAGGCGGGCGUGAGGCAGCUGGAGCGCGAGCUGGCCGCCGUGUGUCGCCACGUCGCGCUAAAGGUGGGUGUCUGGCAGCAAGACCCCGGAAGCAACAACGAAGACAAUAAGCCGGGGGGAACAAGCUUGAGAGAUGCGUCAAACGGGCAGACCUCUGCCCCCGAAGCCAAGCCCUCUUCCUCAUCAUCCUCCUCUUCCUCGACCUUCUCCGCGUCUCCCGCCCACCUAAUGCGAAGUAGAGGCUCCGCCCCCAUGGACGGCUCCUUCCUCGUUCGCGGCGGCAGCAUCUGCGAUGGGGUCGUGAGCAACAGAUCGGGGCUAGCCGGGCAGCGGGCCGACGCUGCGGCGGGUGCGGUUGACGGGUAUGCUCGAGCGCCCCCCGCUGCGCUCGCGAGUGACGGGCCAGCGGGAGUCCGGCACAAGGGUUGGCUUCCGGAAGGGAGAGGACGGGGGAGGGGGGAGAUAGCCGGGGUGACGGCGGGCGGCACCGAUGGAGGGCUGGAGGAAGAGAGAGAAAGCGCUCGUGGUGAGGUGGUCGCCGCAAUCUGUGCCGCCGUUGACGGCAGCGACGGUAACGGUCACGACCGAACAUUAUCACCACAGCAGCAACAGCAGCAGCAGCGGCGGCCGCUGGCCUUUCCACGAAUAGUGGUGACCUGUGAGAUGCUGAGGGGGGUGCUGGGGCCAGAGCUGUACGAGAGUGAGGUGGCGGCCAGGGUCGCCACGCCCGGGACGUGCACGGGGCUGGCCUGGACGCCAACCGGCGGGGAGCUGCUGUUCAUCGAGUGCACCAGCAUGCCGGGGACCGGGGCCGUCAAGCUCACCGGGAAGCUCGGGGAGGUAAUGCAAGAGUCGGCCCAGAUCGCGCUCAGCUGGAUCCGCAGCCACGAGCGCGAGAUCUGCGACCGGUUGGGCCUAACCGGCGGCACCGUCCACGCGACAGCAGCAGUGACAGCUACUGGGCGGGGUGGCGGCGGCGGCGGCGGCGGCAGUGAAGGUGGUUCCACCGGCCGGACACGGUCGCCGUUGUCGGGACAUGAAGACGGCGGCGGCCGCGGCGUGUUGUUCCCUCCAGGAUUCUUCAGCAGCACGGACCUGCACCUGCACGUGCCGGCGGGGGGCGUCUCCAAGGACGGCCCUUCGGCUGGGGUGGCGAUCACGAGCGCGCUCCUGUCGCUGCUGCUUGGGCGGGCGAUCGAUACGGCCGUGGCGAUGACUGGAGAGAUAACGCUGCGAGGCCUGGUUCUUCCCGUGGGCGGCGUCCGUGACAAGGUCCUAGCCGCUCGACGAGGAGGCAUUCGCCACAUUCUCCUCCCCUCCCGCAACCGCGGAGACCUAGAAGAGAUCCCCUCCGAGGCCGCCGAAGGCCUGCGAUUCACCUUCGUCGAAAGCAUCGGCGACGUGCUGUUCGCGCUUUUCCCGACAGGGGACGGGAUCGACGUGUCCCCGGAGGAAGAACAGGUGGCGGCUGCUGCCGGGGACGAGGCAGGGGGAGCCAGUGCGGGGGGUGUUCGAAGCGCGGCUUUUCAGAGCGUACGCGAGGGGCCGGGCGGCAGCGUGCCGUUGUUGCAGCAGCAGCAGGAGAGGCAGCAACAGCGGCAGCAGCUGGUGGUCGCUGGCGAGACGGGAGGAGCAGAAGGACGGAGUGGCAGCGGGUGGGAGUGGGAGUAUGUUUCCGGGGUGCUUUUAGAGAGCUUCCUCUAAGAUUGCGCUUGUGUAAAAGUGGUUGGUCGGUUCCCGGCGUUGAGCUGUGGAUUACUUGUUUCUGUGUCUCUGGAGCGCGAUACUUUCUUCGCCUCGUGAGGAGGUGGACGGAAAAACUCCCAGACCUCGUGGGAGAGUGAGGCAUGAGAAAAUAUUUUCCCAUGCGUCCAUGACGGUUCUUCGUGUGAUGAGUGAAAAUGGCACGUUGCCGUGGUGUUUUGUUGUCGAGGGAAGCAUAUGUAUACUAGUGUCAAGAAGUUUCCUGUAUCCGGCUGUACUCGGGUCCCAAGGGUGUUUGUUUUGUGUUGCGUGGCUGCGGUCUUGGCGUUUUGGAGUUUGUCGGCGAAGUGCUGCCGGUCAUGGGGUCGCUUUUGAAGCCCCUUAGCGCCGAAGCUUGCACCCGCGUGUCGUUGUGGCCGACAUGCGAAACUGCGGAAGUAUGUGGCGGGCACUGCCGACUGCAUGUGCCGGGUGUAUGUAUUUAGUGUACAAGAGUGAAUGCGUUUCGGUGACUGGUAUGUUUGGGAUAGUGCCAGAGUAUUGUAACAAUACGUAGAACGCGCCAGCAACAUCUUAGGUUUCAUGCAGUUCGCGCCACUUGAAGCGUGUCCAUUUUCCUCUGUGGCAAACUAUCAAGGAUGUAGGUUUGAUUGGGAUUUAACGUGUUUUUUUUCGAAUAUUUGACAUC